GAACACGCCAAUUUGAAUGCUGAUAUGGCCCGGGAUCUGCUUCGCAAAAUGCUGGUUCUUGAUCCGUUACAACGGAUCACUGUGGACGAGGCCCUGCAACACCCCUACAUCAAUCUGUGGUUCGAUGACUCCGAAGUCAAUGCUGUAAGUCCUUUCUCUUUUUCUGCUAUCUACGCCGUUUAUCACUUUAAAAUCGCUAUUAGUCAUUAUGACAAUUUAUUCCGUUGGCGAGAUUACUUGACCUGA